AGCUUGCAGGCAGGGCGGGAACAGGGCAGGCUGCUGAGGGACAGGGCCUGCAGUGUUCAGGGAAAUGACAGAACGGUGGGUGUGGGCAGGAGCCAGGCCCAGGAAGCCCUGGGAGGGGAGGCCAGGGUAGAGAGCAGGGUGAUUCAGGCAGCAGUGCCCAGCACUGCCCCACCUGGGGCAGGCUAAGGCUGGACAGAGCGUGGCCUACCUAAAGGUCCGAGGAGGCCAGUGAGGGAGAAUAGGGGCAGCAGUGGGGUGGGCGUGAGGCCUUCUCACCCCCCGCUUCACAGAGGGCCCUACCGCAGGGGGCUGCCUUAGGCGUGGCUAGGGGCACAAGGGCUGCCCCUGCAGGAUUCAGUGGCUCCACCUCACUGGGGUGGGCAUUGGGGACCAAUAGGCAGGUGCGUGGGGUCUCAGCCAGGCAGGAGGGAGGCCACCUGCAGUGUCUAGGCGGCUCUGAACUCCCUGCUGCUGGGCUUCAGCACCUCCAGUCCCCCUCCCUGUCACUGGCGGUGGGGUAGGCAGGUGCGUGUUGGGGGUGGCCAGCUCCCGUUCAAGGGGUCGGGUUUCCAGGGUAACCUGGCCUCUGAACCCUGUGCAGAGCCUCACGCAUCCGGAUCCGGUAAUCUGACUCUCUCUCCCUCCCCCACAGGGCUGUCCCCAAGCUCAGAAGCCGGGAGUGGCCUUGGCCCUUAGCCCCAGGGGGCGGGGUGUGGGAGGGAGGCUAGCACAAGCUGGGUUUAGAAUGCCUCAGGGAGGAUACGGCCGGCACCCUCUCCCUCUCCCUCCUCCUCCGAGGGUCUUCCCUUUCCCCGGACUUAGCACGGAGACCUCUGCCCCCCCAGCUGCAGAAGGGGGUAUGUCCUGAGGUAACCAAACUUUGCCUUGGUUGUGACCUUUGGUGCACAGGGCAUGCUGAGGGCUGUGACCCCGCCAGGGAUCAAGGAACAGAAGUGCUGCCUGGAGUGGGAGAGGACUUCUGGAAGGCGUCCUAGACUGGGAGACUUUGAAACCAGGCCUUGAAGGCUACAUGGUUUUUCCUUCGGCCCAGAAGAGAAGGGAGUCCUAGGCAGAAGCAGCAGCAUGCGUGAAGGCAUAGCCGGACGAUGAGGCAGAGGAGUUGUGUGUGAUGGCAGAUAGAGAGGGCAGAGAGAUCAGAGAAGGCGAUGUGGUGGACGUGUACCAGCGGGAGUUCCUGGCGCUGCGCGACCGGCUGCAUGCGGCUGAGCAGGAGAGCCUCAAGCGCUCCAAGGAGCUCAACCUGGUGCUGGACGAGAUCAAGAGGGCCGUGUCGGAGAGGCAGGCGCUGAGAGACGGUGACGGCAAUCGCACCUGGGGCCGCCUGACGGAGGACCCACGACUGAAGCCUUGGAACAUGUCGCACAAGCACGCUCUGCACCUGCCCACCGUCUUCCACCACCUGCCGCACCUGCUGGCCAAGGAGGGCAGCCUGCAGCCGGCCGUGCGCGUGGGCCAGGGCCGCACUGGAGUGUCGGUGGUGAUGGGCAUCCCCAGCGUGCGGCGCGAGGUGCACUCCUACCUGACGGACACGCUGCACUCGCUCGUCUCGGAGCUGAGCCGGCAGGAGAAGGAGGACGCGGUCAUCGUGGUGCUGAUCGCCGAGACUGACCCACAGUACACCUCGGUGGUGACAGAGAACAUUAAGGCCUUGUUCCCCACGGAGAUCCAUUCCGGGCUCCUGGAGGUCAUCUCCCCUUCCCCCCACUUCUAUCCUGACUUCUCCCGCCUCCGAGAGUCCUUUGGGGACCCCAAGGAGAGAGUCAGGUGGAGGACCAAACAGAACCUCGAUUACUGCUUCCUCAUGAUGUACGCGCAGUCCAAAGGCAUCUACUACGUGCAGCUGGAGGAUGACAUUGUGGCCAAGCCCAACUACCUGAGCACCAUGAAGAACUUCGCACUGCAGCAGCCCUCAGACGACUGGAUGAUCCUGGAGUUCUCCCAGCUGGGCUUCAUCGGGAAGAUGUUCAAGUCACUGGAUCUGAGCCUGAUUGUGGAGUUCAUUCUCAUGUUCUACCGAGACAAGCCCAUUGACUGGCUUUUGGACCAUAUUCUGUGGGUGAAAGUCUGCAACCCAGAGAAGGAUGCGAAGCACUGUGACCGGCAGAAGGCCAACCUGCGGAUCCGCUUCAAGCCAUCCCUCUUCCAACACGUGGGCACGCACUCCUCGCUGGCAGGCAAGAUCCAGAAACUGAAGGACAAGGACUUUGGGAAGCAGGCACUGCAGAAGGAGCACGUUAACCCACCGGCUGAAGUGAGCACGAGCCUCAAGACAUAUCAGCACUUCACCCUGGAGAAGGCCUACUUGCGCGAGGAUUUCUUCUGGGCCUUCACGCCUGCGGCAGGGGACUUCAUCCGCUUCCGCUUCUUUCAGCCACUGCGUCUUGAGCGGUUCUUCUUCCGAAGUGGGAACAUUGAGCACCCGGAGGACAAGCUCUUCAACACGUCUGUGGAGGUGCUGCCCUUUGAUAAUCCUCAGUCGGACAAGGAGGCCCUACAGGAGGGCCGCUCAGCCACCCUCCGGUACCCCCGGAGCCCUGACGGCUACCUCCAGAUUGGCUCCUUCUACAAGGGUGUGGCAGAGGGCGAGGUGGACCCUGCCUUCGGCCCCCUGGAAGCACUGCGCCUCUCCAUCCAGACAGACUCUCCGGUGUGGGUCAUUCUGAGUGAGAUCUUCCUGAAAAAGGCUGACUAAGCCAAGGGCUCCUGGCUGCACUUCACUGGCCCUGAAGCCCAAGAGACCUGGGAUGUCUGGCUGCUGCCCCUGGAGGGCCAGUCCAGGCGCCGCCACCCCAGCCUGAGGGGUCCUGCCUGGUGACCGCUGGCGGCCUGGGGUCUCUGCUGGCCUAGAGGCCCCAGGAGCUGGUGCUGCCCUGCGCCGGGCCACAGGAGUAGGUAGGCAGCCCCCACACUGUGCCUGAGGCCGGCCCUUGAGGCCUGGAGCAGUUCGCACUUGAGGCCUGGAGCCAGGCCGGUGGAGAAGAGCUUCUUCCUGGGUGCCAGCUGUCUCCGGCGCGAACACUGGAAUGCAUAUACUACUUUCUGUGCUGUGUUUUUUAUUCUUGGAUACAUUUGAUUUUUUCACGUAAGUCCACCUAUACUUCUAUAAGAGCGUGACUUGUAAUAAAGGGUUAAUGAAG